CAAAUGGAGACAGAGAAUCAAAGGAUGUCUGCUCAUGUCCCACCCCUUGUUCUCCAGAAUUGGUUGCGAUGCUGUUGGAGGUGUCAUAUCUCUACCUGAAUGGCUCCCCGCUCUCCCCGCAGGAAGUUUAGAUGUUCGUCAAUACUUGUAUCCUCGUCUUUAGCGGUCUUUCCCAAAGAGGGCUCUUGCGACGUUUGCCCCUCAGUGGCGGGUGGGGAGUGCUGUGUUCAGGUGUUGGAGUUGGGCAAUGUGCCGCAAGACCGCUCUGUCGGUUGCUCUUUUCGGGAUGCGGCCCUCGCAUGCGCCUUAUUGUCCGCAUGUGCUCGAAAACUGUUUGUUCGUGGAGUUGGCGUCCAGUUUGCUUGCCAACGGCAUCCUUUCGGCCACAGAUCGAUAUUCCUCCAACCUAUCCUAACUUUUAACUUAAUCGGGCCCCCCGGAAUAGAGGAUUCCACCUUGGCGUGUUGGUUGUGGGAUACAGGCUGAUGUUCGCUGAAUUUAUGCGGGGAUGACACCCCUGGAGGAAUACGAAUUAGGAACCCCAGAUUCAAACUCUCGGAAGAGGCAAUGACUACAUACAU